UCCCCGGCAGUCCACCGUGCCACCGGCCGAUAGAACAGUGGCUGGUCGGCACGAGCACUCGAGCAGCGCGCCAUGAAGAGCACCGCAUUAGUGUCCUCACUGUUGCUGGCGCAAUGUCUGGCGCUGAGCUCCGGCACGGCCUCGGCGGCGAACAAGGCGCCGCGACGGACCCGGCAGGGCGACUACCUGAACCGCCUCCUUCGAAGGUCGCCGUUGUCAGAGCCGUCUGUGGCGGGUGCGGCCAUGGAAGAGACGGUGGUUUCGACGACGAAGACGGAUAGGAGAGCGGCCUCGGCGGUCUCGAGGGAGCAAGGAGGCGGACCGCGUGGAGAGGCUGCCUGCCGCGGCAGCGAGUUCGCGCAGUAUGCCGGGUACGUCAUGGUGGACGCGGCUGCCGGGCGCGCGCUCUUCUACUACCUUCCAGAGGCCAUCGGCAAUGGCAACAGCUCCUCGAAGCCGCUCCUCCUGUGGCUGAACGGCGGGCCCGGGUGCUCGUCGCUCGGGUACGGCGCGAUGGAGGAGCUGGGCCCGUUCCGCGUCAUGAGCGACGGCAAGACGCUCUACCGCAACCCCUACUCCUGGAACCACGUGGCGAACGUGCUGUUCCUGGAGAGCCCAACAGGCGUGGGGUACUCCUACUCCAACACGACGGCGGACUACAGCCGGUUCGGGGACAACAAGACGGCGGAGGACGCGUACCUCUUCCUCGCAAACUGGAUGGACCGCUUUCCCGAGUACAAGAGACGCGAGUUCUACAUAGCGGGUGAGAGCUACGCCGGCCACUACGUGCCCCAGCUCGCCCACCAAAUCCUCCGCCGCAGCUCGCCGUCCAUCAACCUCAAAGGCAUCAUGGUAAGUCUACAUACAGUAGUCCAUCAACCUCAAAGGCAUCAUGGUAAGAUCCUCUUGCACACAUAUUUGCAAAAUGUUUCAUUUUUCAGUGACCACUUAUGGCGCAACUGGACUGAUUAUGACUCGACUGUUUUGCCGAUUAUCCGCGACCUGAUGGAAAACAACAUCAGAGUCUGGGUAUACAGUGGAGACAUUGAUGGGAAUGUGCCGGUGACUUCCACUAGAUACUCUCUCAAGCAGCUCCAGCUACCCGUGGCAGAAAAAUGGAAGAAUUUUUACACUCAAAAAUGGAGGCCAUGGUUUAGCAGUACCAAGGGUACUGGCGAAGUGGGUGGAUACGUUGUGCAGUACAAGGGCGACCUCAGCUUCGUAACGGUGAGAGGAGCAGGCCAUGAGGUCCCAAGCUACCAGCCAGAACGAGCGCUUGUGCUUGUCCAGCAUUUCCUCGCAGGGAAAACACUCCCUGACUGCAAAAAUUGCGGACAGGAUUAUUAA